GUAUGGGCAUUUCGAAUGCCCAUACCGUUUGGCCUUACGAAUGCCCCAGCCACUUUCCAAACGACUAUGACAACGGAGUUCCGACACAUGCUGGAUCGGUUUGUACUCAUCUACCUCGACGACAUCUUCGUGUAUAGUCGGAGUUUGGACGAGCAUGUGGAACACCUGCGCACCGUUUUGGAGCGGCUACGACAAGCCAAGUACAAAGCAAAUCGCGGCAAGUGCGAGUUCGCAGAGCAGGAGCUGGAAUACUUGGGACACUAUGUGACGCCGCAAGGCAUCCGUCCGCUUGCGGACAAGAUCAAGGCCCUACCAGUAUGGCCCGAGCCCACCAACACCACAAACGUUCGUUCAUUCAUGGGAUUGGCGGGCUGCUAUCAGCGGUUCAUCUCCGGGUACUCCAGGAUUGCUGCACCCAUGACGAGGUUACAAUCGCCAAAGGUGCCAUUCGUAUUCGAUGAUGCGGCACGCCGGUCAUUCCAAGCACUUAAGACGACUAUGCUCAUGGCACCCGUCCUUAGCAUCUAUGACCCCACCCUGCCGACGCGAGUGACUACGGACGCUUCCGGCUAUGGCAUUGGGGCAGUCUUGGAACAGCACGACGGCGAUGACUGGCACCCUGUGGAGUAUUUCAGCCACAAAGUGCCUCCCAUCAACUCGCUUGAUGAUGCAAGGAAGGAGCUGCUCGCAUUCGUCAUGGCUCUCAAGCGAUGGGGACACUUCCUUCUUGGGCGUCGUAGGUUCACAUGGGUCACGGACAACAAUCCAUUGACUUACUACAAGACGCAGGAUACGGUGAGCAGCACGAUCGGACGAUGGAUGUACUUCAUCGACCAAUUUGACUUCACAUCGAAACAUCUGCCCGACCUCUCAAAUCGCGCAGCAGAUGCCCUCUCGCAAAGACCCGAUCUUUGCGCUAUGACACAUCAUGCCUUCGCAUUCGACGAGGAGCUUCAACGACACUUCAUCCGGGCAUAUCAGUCUGAUCCGGACUUCGGCACGCUCUAUGCACAGCUAUCUUCGGAUCACCCGCCGGCCAGCCAUUACCGCAUUGCCGACGGGUACUUGCUCCUCCACUCGAGAGGCAAGGACCCACGCGACCGUCGACUGCGGACUCGCCUCCUUGGCGAGUAUCAUGAUUCACGACUCGCUGGCCAUUUCGGAGUCAACCGCACUAUUGCACGGCUUCGACAGCGAUUCCGAUGGCCCGACCUCAUUACCGAUGUCACUCGGUAUUGCGACUCUUGCGAAGUUUGCCGACGCAGCAAGCCCCGCAACCGCAAUCCCUACGGCGAGUUACACCCGAUGCCUAUCCCACGGGAACCCGGUCUCUCCAUUGCCAUGGACGUCACUGGUCCGUUUCCUCGCGAUCGGCUUGGGCACGAUGGCAUCCUCACGGUUGUGGACCGAUUGAGUAAGUACGCACGUUUUCUCCCUUGCAAGUGCUACUCCACGGCUCCCGAGAUGGCACACCUCCUGCACACUGGUUGGAUUUGUGGCCACGGUGUACCAGAAGACAUUGUCAGCGACCGCGACACUCGUUUCAUGUCGGCGUUUUGGACUGCUCUCAUGCAGGAGUCCGACACAACAAUGAAACCAAGUUCGGCUCGACAUCCUCAGACAGACGGGCAGACGGAGCGGGCACAUCAAACCGCUCAAAUGAUGCUUUGUACGUUCAUUCGUCCAGACCAGAACCGCCUCCCCGACAUCGAGUUCGCCUACAACACUUCGGUGCACCCGGCGAUUGGCGUGACUCCAUUCGAGUUGCACCACGGUGGACGGAAAGGCCGCAUCUUCGCCGACCUUCUCCUCCCUCGACCAGCCGACAUUGACGCCGCUUGCUCCCUCGCUUCCGUUCGGAAGUACAGGGACUUGCUGACUCAAGCCCGCGCAAAUAUUCAAAAGGCUCAAGUUCGCAUGCAGCAGCAAGCCAAUAGGCGUCGCGUACCAUGUCCCAUCCGCGCCGGUGAUCUGGUUUGGGUCUCCGCGGAAGAGUUUGCACUGGAACAGGAUGUUUCACGCAAACUGCUUCCCAAGUGGUUUGGACCUUGGUCUAUGACAGCAGCCGCGGGCGAUGAGCCCGAUGGCCCUUCAUUUGUGAUCAACAUUCCAGAGCAUCUGACGGUCCAUCCGGUCUUCCAUGCCUCGAAGCUGGCAACAUACACGCCAGCCAAGAGCGACGACUUUCUGGGCCGACGGUCGCAGGACCCUCCUUGUAUGGAUGGCCAUCAGGAAGUUGACGCGUCAUCACCGAUCGCAAGUACGGCAGCAAGCCGCGGCACUGAUGUGUUCGUUACAGAGAUGUCGAAAGCAUUUCAAACCCUCUACAAAUUAUCGCGAAAUGAUGUUGUUGUACCCUUGAAGCCUCGAGAGGACUCCUCGGCGGUGACAAAGGCCGAACCACAGAAUGGUGGUAGCUUUGCAAAUCCGAACUGGCACGGCGAUGGCAAGGCGGAUGCUGAAGAGAAACAGAGACGUGGUGAGCUGAAGGAAAUGGGAAGCGAGCUGGUGGCAGUCGAGGAAGUCGAUGACAGGCUUGUCACUGUUGCAACCAGCCUUGUUUCAGUAAAAGGAAGUACAGGUGGCGGUUUCAGAGAUGGGGGUAAAGGAAAUGCUGGCGACGAGGAAGGAAAUGAUGCAGAAGCGAAGCCGACUAGUAGUUGGCAUAUAGGAAAUGCUGGUUGCGAGGGGAGCAAUGUAGUUGAGUCGGAGGUGGAGUUUGCCUCUUUUAGUGUCACGCCAGCGAAGGCGAAAGAUCGUAACGGAGUUGUUACGCUGGAUGAUGAUGUCCAGGCGGAGGUGAGUAGCACGACUAAGAAGAAAGGAUUAGUGGGGAGACUUGCUCGGUACCCGUUGAAGGGAUGGAAGGGGCGCAAAGGACAUUCUGCGAGCUUCGAUCGCGCUGCAAGCUUCGAUUGUAAUCUCACGGAGAUGGUGGAGGUCUCUGCCAACUGCAAGUCGGGUAACAGCUGCGACUUGCGAUCUGUCGACUUCGGUAUCGAAGAUGGCUCGCCCAUUGCAAGGCGAGUCGGUGAGACCGCUUUUCGCCAUAGCCCAGGGAAGGAAAAUCAGUCAAAGCAGGGCGGCGAGAGCCCAGGAGCGGGCCGAGGAGGCGAGGAGGUGGAGAGAAGGAUGAUUGUCAGCGAGCAGACAAAUGUGGUAAUGCCUCUGUCGUACGAUUUGGACUCGCAUCUACAGAGCCAGCAGAUGGUUCCCAUGGAGUUUUUGGAAAGAUCGCUGGCCGUGAAAGAGAGAUCGAUAGCACUCAAGUACGAGCUAAUAAGAAUGAAGAAGACGGAAUUGAUGCUGAAGAGUCAAGGCGGGGUGCGAAAGGAGAAGGCAAACACCUUGCAAGAGGAACAGAUACUGUUAAUGCGCAGCAAAAUAACGGCGAGGGAGAGGGAGACGCGGGAGAAGAGGAAGCUUGAUGCGGUGACAGCCUUGGCGCGGUCGUUUGCAGACGAACUUGUUGCCGGGCUCUGCAUCAUGUGUGUGGCGCUGUUGUACUGCGGGUGGCAGUAUGGCCGCGACGCGCUGUCUCAGCAGAUCGGCGCUUGUAAUAAUUUUCUUGAGGCAGUUCUUGCAGUCAAUAAAAGGCAGUCGAGUUGGUGGUCAAGGAUGGGAAUUGGGUAUUUGUUUGGUGGGGUGUUUGUGGGUUUUUACAAGGUACUAUGUCAGUUAGCUGUUGCCUGCAGAAUUCUGGUGGGCUUCCUGAUUCUGUCAGUGUCGGCAUGGUUGGUCCUGCGCCGUAAUGUCAUAGUUACGGCGCACGAGAGGCCCGUAACGUCGCUCUUUUUAACGCUCGGUGUGUUUUGUGGUUACGCGGGUAAGGUGGCGGUGGACAGUUCGGGGGGAUCGGGCUGGCAUUGGCUGAUGAUCUGGCAGGUUCUCUGUGUCAUCCAUAUCUGUGCUAAUUGCCACAUUGGAAGAGUUUACAGGCUUUUGAAUGGAAGGUGGCCCGAUGAAGACGAACAAGCAAGGAAGACGGGCGACGGUCGUGAUGAGCUGACGCUUCGAGCGGCUCUCUCGGUCCCCAUCUGGUUACGCCAUCUCACACUCCGCGUUUUCCUCUUAGGCGUCCUCCCGUUAGUCGCAUCGUUCUUGGCAUUUGUUCCAGCUGAUCGGCUGACAAACGAGAUUGGGAGAGCGGUUGGUUUGCAGAAAGCCUCAGCCGCUCUGCGGACUUAUGUGAUCGAUUGGUCGGUGGAUCGAUCAAUUUGAUUAGAUUGAGCCGAUUUGAUGGAUUGAUGGAUGGAUUUGUUGAUUGAUUGAUUGAUUGAUUGAUUGAUUGGUUGGUUGGUUGAUUGGUUGAUUGGUUGAUUGGUUGAGUGGUUGAGUGAUGAGAAGGGAUCAAAUUUUGAACUUCAAACUUCAAGCUUCAAGCGUCAACAAUAACUUGGCACUCUGGUGAGGCAUGCUGGAAUAUAUGUCUUGUUGUUUAACUGGAUAUAUGGCGACCCAUCUCCUUGUGCCAUCUCCGCAUUGACUUCUACAGCGGCUGAUAAGCCUGACGGCGUCGGAGGGGGGACUGUUUGCCCCUCUUCUCCCGAGAUCAAUUCGAGGCUGUGAAGAGGGUGAAGGAGUGGCCGCACAACUCGGGAAAGAACUCUCGGCCUUUGUAACUUGUGCCAUUUUGUGGUGUUUGGAUGGUAGGCCAUAUUUCCUUGAUGGAGAAUCUUACAACGGUGGUCAUCAGCAGAUGCAACCGUGCAAGAAGCUCUGGACUCCUUGCCUUCGCUGCUGUUCAAGAUGUUUGGACACUGGGGCGAUUUUCCAAAUCAAGGUAGAGGCGGGGGGGCCKGGGGKGGGGGGKGGGKGUUGGGGGGAGAGGAGGUUGUGAUUGUGUCCGUGCUCCUCGCCUAUGCACUUGCCAGAUUGGAUUACGACUGAUAGCGUUGCCAACUCAGGAUCGCAAAUGAUUCUUCGCCAUCCAGAUGGAUUGCCAGGGUGAUGAGAAAUGAACUGCUCUCUCGCUGUCUUACGAGUUAUUCAGGUCUUGGAGCCCUGCAGGCAAAAAUUCGAAGAGCUGGUGAUGAAAUGGUCCAGGCCGGUUUAACGUUAUGGGGCUAUUCCAGCUAGCAAAAUCAAGUGCUUCGCUUCCGUCUUCAAGUGUAAAGGGAGCUGCGGUUCUCACCAUGCGAGUAGGAGAAGUGCUGCGAGUCCUGGUAUGUUUGACUGUUUGGGUGAUUUGUGCAGCUUUCAUCGCAUUGAUGGAAGUCACGGUCGCAUGUACGUUCAACACGACUUGUCGAGUUUUCAUCGCAUUGAUUGAUAUCGUCCUCGCGAGACGGGAAAGAAGUGGCGGUUUGUACGAUGCAGUGGAAGAGGGGCGGGGAGUCCUUGUACAUUUAAUUACAUGCUGGACUUGUGGGCCUUUUUUUCAUCUCACCGAGGGGUAUCUUUUCUCCGCGCAAAUAGGGGGACCGGUGUCUUCUGUCUAUUGAUGCUGGUUGGAGGUGGGGGAGGGGAGAAAACUUUCGGCAGCUCAGCAACUGGUUUCACAUAUUGCAUGAGGUACAGGAGUCUCCACCCCUCCUCGUCUCCCUCAUUGAUGUCGUACUAACUUAACCGAUGGCAGCAGUUUAGUGAAAGCUGCCAGAUUUCUCCGCCAACACGCCAAACAGAUCCCUAUCGCUCUGGUGUGUUGUAGUUCCGCACCCACAGUUCCCCCACCCUCCCUUUCCUCUUUUCAACCUUUAGCAGAUUCCAGACCCCCAGUUUGUCGUCAAUACCUAGUUUCUGUGGCUUGCAGUCGUUCCGGAUUGGCACUUUUUGGCCAAAUGCAUAGAAUCUGUGCUUUGUGGUGGUUCCAAACCCAUAGUUCAUGGCCAGAUACAUGGAAUUGUCCAAAUGCGUCGAAUCUGUGCUUUGUGGUGGUUCCAAAUUCAUAGUUUGUGGCCAGAUACAUACAAGUUUUGAAGCGAUUUCCGGGCGAUCUGUAUUUUACUAGAUGAGAGGUUCAGUCUGCAGAUGGAUGCCAACGGCAGGCGAGACUUUCUGUUUCCCUUCUGCCACCUUCACAGCCUGUGUUACUGUUGACAUCAACAAGUUUUGACGCGAUUUCUUUCAUGUUGAUGUCUUUGUCCUCUGCUGUCACGAUGAUUUGGAGCUACGUGCUGCGGAGGAAGAAAUUGCUUGCAGUCCUGCUGCAAGUUCUUUUGGGUAUUGCAUGAGGGGUGAGAGUUUUUGCCUCCCCUCGGUUGAUCUUGUGCGAGCGUCACCCCAGUGGUGGCCGUCUGUUGAAAAGCUGCCAGAUGUAUCUGAUUGAUGUGCCGAAUAGUUUGCGGUCUUAGGCCACCGGUCUCGUGCAGAUACGUAGUCUUUGAGCAAAUUUUAGUGAUUUGUAUGUUUUUACAAAUGUUUGACUGUUCGAGUAUAAUUUGCUGCCUGCCUUCUUCGUCAGCAUUUCCACAACUGGAGCAAUAACCGC